AAGUGAAGCCCGGCGCUUAGUUUCAUGCCACCAGUGACCGACGACGGCACUCGCGGUCGUCACUCGCGCGCAAUUUAUAAAUUUUCUACACGUUCCUCCUUCGUGUGCAAUCAGUCAACUAUCAAACGAAAUAAAAAUUAUUGUUCUUGCAAAACAAUUGUAAAACACAUGACUUAAAAAAAUCAAAUCAAAUAUUUUCCCUAAAUUUAAGUUAAAUGAAUUAAUAAUUAAAUUAAUUGUGACUUAAGUAAAAGCAAUAAUAAUAUUAAUAACAAUGGGUGUUUGUGUGAAUAUGUGUUUGGUAUUGCUUGCCGGCUCCUGUUUAGUGUCGCAGGAUCACACCUCAUCGGAUGCGCAGAUCCUCGCCGGACUUUUUAACGGGAUUAUGCAACCAAUCGAACGUCUAGCAAACGGUAUAGCUGAUACUACUUUUGGUAAGAAUAGUGUUGUGCGUGGAAGUUAUAACCUAAUAAGCCAAACAGUGACGAAUGUCAUAUCAAGUGCGACAUCUGUAACCGAACGAGUGCGACGACUCUUAGAAGAAUUCCGGCGACGCAUGGGCAUCGGAAUACCUGAACUAGGCCUACCAAUUUUAGAUCCAUUAACAAUCGAGCGAUUAGACAUUGAUUUCGCACAUGAUACAAUCGCUCUAAAUGGUUACCUGGAAAACGUUGAAAUCCGCCAUUUAUCCCGCUUCCGGUUGGAUUAUGUCGAGUAUGACCUGAACAACCGUCUCUUCCUCAACAUCACGUUUCCGCUGUUGUACAUCACCGGAAAGUACGACAUCAAGGGCACUUUCGGUGACAUGUUCACCAUUUUCGGCAAGGGGCCAUUUUGGCUGCGUUUAUAUGAGCUGUCUCUAGGCACGGUAUCACAGUUGCGCAACAACAUCAGAAAACUGCCGGGUAUUUAUGUCGACGACUUGAAAAUCUCCGUCAAACUGAAGAGAAUUGAGAAUAACUUUGAGAAUCUUAUGAAUGAUACGAAACUCGGCGCGGUGAUAAACAAAGCGAUAACGCAACUCACACCCGAGGGCAUUGAUACCGUGUGGGACGAAAUGGAACCGGCUGUUUCGAAAAUCGUCAAAGACAUAAUUAAUGGAAAGUUGCAAAACUUUGAGCUGUCAAAUCUCGUUGGGCGUUUCUUCAAUUUCUUCAAAUUCAAUCUGAAUCAGAGGCGUAUUUCGUUAAAAACAUAAAUUAGGUGAAAUUGAACAUAUGAUGAGUAUAAGAUAAAUAAUGUGCUCUGUAAGAGUAAGUUUUGAAGACAAAUUGGCAAUUCAAUCGUUAAGAAUGCUAGUUCUUGAAUAGAAAUAUUCAAAAUGGCAGCAGUGUUGUUACGAUUGUUAUUUUUCACGCAUGCGUUUUGUGCGUUUGUGGACAAAAUUUAAAUUUGUGAUAUAUUAUUAUAUGUUUUGUUGUGUAUUGUAAAUUAUAAAAUUAUUUCUAAAUUAAUGUAAGAAGCUUUAAAAUGUUAUUAAAAGGAUACGUUACCAUCAAUAAAAUAUGAAAUGAAAACUAUAA